AUGAAUAUCCUUGCCCCUGAUGUCUCUAUGGCAGGCAAUCAUGACUUUGACUUUGGCUAUCCACACUUAUCGAAGCUGAUUGAAGACACGAAAUUUCCCUGGGUAUUGAGCAACAUCAUCGACAACACGACGUCUCGCAUUCCCGAUCACCUCCUAGAGUAUUACGUUCUCGAACGCGCCGGGGUGCGUAUAGGCGUUAUUGGUCUCGUCGAGAAAGAGUGGAUCAGUACGGUGCCCACUUGGCCAGAAAACUUUGAAUACAGAGACGCAGCUGAAGCAGGAAUGAAACUCUCCAAAAUUUUGCGUGACCCAAACGGAGCGCACAGAUGCGAUAUCAUAGUCGCACUAACCCAUGCAAGAGUGCCGAACGACAUCACUCUGGCGAAGGCACUGAACGCCUUGUCCCCUUCCGCACAACUGGAUCAGCCCAUUGAAUCUAAGCACGGCGUCGAUAUCAUUCUCGGCGGGCAUGACCACGUGUACUAUGUCUCCCGCGGUGUGACCUCAUGGGAAGGGUAUGACACCAAUACGCCGGUGUUAGGUGCUGAAGGAGAUUUGGGAGACGUGCUCAUCGUUAAGAGCGGAACUGAUUUCCGCGAUCUAAGCGAGUUCACUCUUGAGCUGGCAGACACUUGUCCGGGCAGUGUUCGUCGGAAAGUCAUCAAGGAAAUUAGAGGAAGGCAUCAUGCCACACAGCCUGGAUCGAAGAAAAGUAAAGUACUGACGGAGCUGCUCAAAACCCUCCUCUCCUCCGUAUCCUCUGCCCUCAAGGCGCCUGUAUGCAAAACUGACGUUGAGCUGGAUUUGCGCUCUGAGCUCAUUCGCACUCGGGAGAUUUCAUCGACAAACUGGUUUGCGGACGUCCUCCGGCAUGCAUACGAUGAAGCACUGUCAUGCGGUGGGGGGACCGAUGGAGUUUUCAUCUGUGCAGGAACGCUACGGGGUGACUCAGUAUACGGUCCCGGCUGUAUUACUCUGGGUGAUAUCAUGGAGAUCCUACCGUUUGAGGAUCCAGUCGUCGUACUUGAAUUGGACGGUCAGACUAUAUGGGAGGCACUAGAGUCGUCUCUGGCAACGUGGCCAGCACAGGAGGGACGUUUCCCCGUCAUCUCUGGAUUCCGAGUGUCUUGGGACUCCCGACGCCCUCCAGGGCAACGUGUGCUCGGAGUUUGGCUUGUCCAAGAGACGUCGGGCAGCAUGACCCCCACUCCCGUUCCAUCCGCGUCUUCUUCCAUGACUAGCCUGCAGUCUCUCCCCAGUGGUGCCACUUCUUCGGCAGUAUCUCUCAUAGAUGGCGAUCCGAUCCCACGGGAGCGCGGCGGCCGCCAAUACCGCAUCGUGUCGCGCGAGUAUAUGGCGCAAGGCCACGACGGAUUUUUGAUGUUGAAGGGAAGGCGGUACCUCGUAGACGACGAAAGCGGACAACUCAUGAGCUCGAUCGUACGGAAGUAUCUUCUAGGUGCCCGCUAUGUAAACCGCAUGGCGCGCCUUGCAAAUCAUACAGAGGUACCGCAUCUACACCCAGACACUGCAGAUCUCAUUUCGCGAGAGAAAGUGCGACGAGAGCACUACGCCCGACGCGCUAAGCCCCCGACAAGGAUCGACAAGCUGAGGAACAAGGUACGCUUAGUCGCAACGGCGUUACGGUGGUCGCGCGCACAUUACCGAGAUCAUAUCAACAUUUCUGCGAGGGAACAUAUGAGCGGUGUGGACUGUAUCAAUGGGGAGGUAAUGAGGGCUGCCACUAGCCUCGACAGCAGGGUUCAGGAGGUGACCCAAGACGACGAAAAGACAGGAGACGAGGAUCUAGUUGUCAUUCAUCCGAUUGUAGAUGGCAGGUUAGCGGACGAGGGCAGAAAGUAA